CUGCACGCACGACUCGUAUAUAACCGUCUCUCUCUCUCUCUCUCUCUUGCUCUCUCUGUGCACGUCGUCAAUUGUCGAUCUUCAAUUGAUCGGCCGUUUCGCGUCCGUUCGCCGCCGGCAUCCUCCGAUGCAUUCCUCCUCCGCCGCCGCCGCCGCCCUCCGCCUCCCUCCCGGCGGCGGCGGCGCCGCCCCGGCCACGGCCGCAUGAACCCGUUCUGCUGCGUCUCCCCGCUCUCCGAUCACAGGCCCUCGCCGGUCCUCUCCUCCCGCCUCGCCAUGUCCUCCGCCGCCGGCGCCAGAUCCGAUCCGGCCGUCCGGCUCGGCAACCACUUCCACGGCAACGGCCAGAACCACCACGGCCACGCCAGGAUCAGCAGCUGCAGCGAUCAGAACCGGCUCAGCCAGCGGUCAACGGCGGACGCGGCGGCGGGGAUGGCGCGGAUGCCGUCCGCGAGGGAGCAGCCGGCGGUCGACGUGAAGAUCAACGACAUCGUGGGGAACGGCAUAUCGGGAAUGCUGUACAAGUGGGUGAAUUACGGUAAAGGCUGGAGGCCCAGGUGGUUCGUGUUGCAGGACGGGGUGUUGUCGUAUUACAAAAUACACGGACCCGAUAAAAUCGUGGUUAACCAGGAGACGGAGAGGGGAUCGAAGGUUAUAGGUGAAGAAUCGAUGAGGAGGGUCUCCAGGACUUCCCAUGGCCAAUCGCAGCUCCGGCGUAAGCCUUUCGGUGAAAUUCAUCUCAAGGUUUCAUCUAUCCGGGAAAGUAAGUCAGAUGACAAGAGGUUUUCAAUUUUCACGGGAACCAAAAGGCUUCACUUAAGGGCAGAGACGCGGGAAGAUCGAUUGACUUGGAUGGAAGCAUUGCAGGCUGUCAAGGACAUGUUUCCGCGAAUGUCCAACAGUGAGCUCAUGGCUCCAAUGGACAAUUUGGCUGUGUCAACUGAAAAGUUGAGGCAGAGGCUUCAGGAAGAGGGUUUGCGUGAGGCAGCCAUUGUGGACAGCGAACAGAUUAUGAGGAGUGAGUUUGCUUCUCUGCAGAGCCAGCUGCUUCUGCUUCAACAGAAGCAGUGUUUGCUUACUGACACUUUGCGGCAAUUAGAGACAGAGAAAGUGGAUUUGGAGAACACUGUGGUUGAUGAGAGCCAGAAACAGCACACUGAUCACGGGGCUGCUUCCAUUUCAAGGCAAGACAAGUGCAGUGCAGAAGCAAGCGCAACUGAAUCAGAUGAUGAUACUGAAAGAGUUGAUGCUGCAGAAGAAGAAACAGAUGAGGAAGUCCAUACGUUCUUUGAUACUCGCGAUUUUUUAUCAUCUAGCUCUUUCAAAAGUAACGGAUCUGAAUUCCGGAGAUCAUCUGUCUCUUCAGAUGACGGAAUUUAUGGGGCUGACUCAGAAGAUGACGUUGACCCCUCCAUUAAAUCCGUGUGCACUAAUUUUCCUUAUGUUAAACGGCGCAAGAAGUUGCCAGAUCCUGUCGAAAAGGAGAAGGGUGUCAGUCUCUGGUCAAUGAUAAAGGAUAACAUUGGGAAAGAUCUUACAAAAGUUUGUCUUCCUGUUUACUUCAAUGAGCCCCUUUCUUCUCUGCAGAAGUGUUUUGAAGAUUUGGAAUAUUCAUAUCUCAUUGAUCGGGCCCACGAAUGGGGUAGAAGGGGUAAUAGCCUCAUGAGGAUUCUUAAUGUUGCUGCUUUUGCUGUAUCUGGAUAUGCUUCUACUGAAGGAAGAAUUUGCAAACCAUUCAAUCCAUUAUUGGGGGAGACCUAUGAAGCUGACUAUCCUGAUAAAGGAGUCCGUUUUUUCUCAGAGAAGGUCAGUCAUCAUCCCAUGAUAGUGGCAUGUCACUGUGAAGGAACUGGAUGGAGAUUCUGGGCAGACAGCAAUUUAAAGAGCAAAUUUUGGGGUCGGUCAAUUCAGCUUGACCCAAUUGGCGUUUUGACUAUAGAAUUUGAUGACGGGGAAAUUUUCCAAUGGAGUAAGGUUACAACAUCUAUAUACAAUCUCAUAUUGGGAAAAUUGUACUGCGAACAUUAUGGUACUAUGCGCAUACAAGGAAAUCGUGGCUAUUCAUGUAAGCUGAAAUUCAAGGAACAGUCCAUUAUAGACAGAAAUCCUCACCAGGUGCAUGGCAUUGUCCAAGAUAGAAAUGGAAAGACGGUGGCAACUUUAUUUGGUAAAUGGGAUGAAAGCAUGCAUUACGUGCAUGGUGACUGUUCUGAAAAAGGCAAAGGAUUUGAAUCUCUGUCUGAAGCCCAACUCUUGUGGAAACGGAGCAGGCCUCCGCAAUUUCCCACCAGAUACAAUUUUACACGCUUUGCCAUGACACUGAAUGAGCUUACUCCUGGACUAAAGGAAAAGCUGCCACCUACAGAUUCAAGGCUUAGACCUGAUCAGAGACAUUUGGAGAAUGGAGAGUAUGAAAUGGCAAACUCUGAAAAGUUGAGACUUGAACAACGUCAAAGACUGGCUCGCAAUAUGCAAGAGAGGGGCUGGAAGCCGCGGUGGUUCACGAAGGAUAAGGGAAGCGACACGUUCCGUUACCUAGGUGGGUAUUGGGAGGCGAGAGAGAAGGGGAAUUGGGAAUCAUGUCCUGAUAUUUUUGGUCAAAUUCCUUCGGAUCAGCUACUCGAUUGAGAUCCUCCCCUUCAUUUUUUCGCGAUUUCAUUUGGUUCCACUUAUGUUUUCCUCCGUUUCUAAUGGGUUUCCAAAGAGAGGUGAAGAUGGGAGGGAGAGGGAGAGGGGGAGAGAGAAGGGUUUCAAUUCUCAUUCUUUUGCAAUUUUUCUUUCCUUUUCUUUUGCUCUUUUUUUUUUUUUUUUUGACGUAGCUUUGAGGGGCGAUUGCUUCAGUAAUGCAAAGGCUCCAUUGCGAUGUAUGUUUUAGGUUGUUGAAUUAGAUGAAGCUACAAAAAAAAGCCAAUAAAAAGAGGUGAAUAGUCAAUUUUUUCUUC